AUGCUUGUUGGCUGCAAGGAUUCGACACUGGGCUAUUUCGAGCCACACAGAAGGGGGAUUGCUGAUUUCUCCUCACAUUCAAUAUGGCGACUACGAUUGCCUACGACUAACUUAUCGGCGCGGGCUGGUUUGGUCGACGCGGUGAGGGGUCAAGAGCGCUUGGACUGGACAUGCUGGCUCUCCACCCUAAAAAUCCGGGGUAAUUCAACACAUUGCUGGUCUCUUGCCGGGCUGCUUCCGACGCGGAAACUGUCGGCGGGAAUCCUGUAUGCCGCCAAGAGCGGCAUUGUCACCUUGGAUCAACUUGAUACUGUGAUUGUCCGCUGA